ACUCUAUCUAGGUCUGUGUGGAGAGUGUGGGCCGGUGCGCAAGCGCGUUGCCUCUCCUUCCCGCGGGGUUGGCUGGACACCGGGGACGUCUGCGGUGAAACCGGGAAGAGAGCACUGCCGGGGACAUGUGGCGGCCGAUGGGACUGUGCCACUUCCACUCCACCCUGCUGCAGAGCAGGCAGAAGCCCUGGCCGUGCCCUGCUAUAUUCUUUAGGAGAAACUUCAAGAGCCCACUGGCAAGGACCUCGAGAACCAGGCUGCUGUGGGGGAGGACACUCUCUGCCACUGUGGUGGGGACUCCCUUCCUCCUUGGAGCCCACUAUUUCAUGUUGGAGGCAUCAGAAAGGAGAAAACUGCGACUUGCAGUCGAUGGUAUCGGGCGCUUUGGCAGGUCUGUGCAGAUUGGUCUGUUCAUCUCCCUGGACUACUGGUGGUGCACAAAUGUUGUCCUUCGAGGAGUGGAAGAGAACAGCCAGAAGUAUGUGGAGAUCAUGUCUGCAUGUCACCAGCGUGCGGCUGACGCCCUGGUGGCUGGAGCCAUCCGCAACGGGGGCCUCUAUGUGAAACUGGGCCAAGGGCUGUGCUCCUUCAACCACCUGCUGCCAACAGAGUACAUCCAGACGCUGCGUGUGCUGGAGGACAAGGCCCUGAUUCGGGGUUUCCGGGAGGUGGAUGAGCUGUUCCUUGAAGACUUCCAGGCACUCCCUAAUGAACUCUUUCAGGAGUUUGACUAUGAGCCGAUGGCUGCUGCAAGCCUGGCUCAGGUGCACCGUGCCAAGCUACACGAUGGCACUGAUGUAGCUGUAAAGGUACAGUACAUUGACCUACGAGACCGCUUUGAUGGGGAUAUACACACACUGGAACUCCUGCUACGGCUCGUGGAGCUCAUGCACCCCAGCUUCGGCUUCAGCUGGGUCCUGCAGGACCUGAAGGGGACCCUGGCCCAGGAGCUGGACUUCGAGAAUGAGGGCCGGAAUUCUGAGCGCUGUGCUCAGGAGCUGAAGCACUUCCGCUAUGUUGUUAUCCCUCGGGUGUACUGGGACAGGUCCAGCAAGCGGGUGCUGACAGCUGACUUCUGUGAUGGCUGUAAGGUGAAUGACAUGGAGGGCAUCAAGAGUCAGGGGCUGGCAGUGCAGGAUGUAGCAAAGAAGCUGAUCCAGACUUUUGCUGAGCAGAUCUUCCACACUGGCUUCAUUCACUCCGACCCCCACCCUGGCAAUGUUCUGGUGCGGAAAGGUCCAGAUGGAAAAGCAGAGCUGGUGCUCCUGGACCAUGGGCUCUACCAGUUCCUGGAUGAAAAGGACCGAUCUUCUCUGUGCCAGCUGUGGCGGGCCAUCAUCCUGAGGGACGACGUUGCAAUGAAGACACAUGCAGCUGCACUUGGGGUCCACGACUACAUGCUUUUCUCUGAGGUGCUCAUGCAGCGACCUGUGCGCCUGGGCCAACUGUGGGGUUCCCACCUGAUAAGCCGGGAGGAGGCGGCCUACAUGCAGGAAAUGGCCCAUGAGCACUUUGACAGCAUAAUGGCAGUGCUCAAGGCAUUGCCACGGCCCAUGCUGCUAGUGCUUCGGAACAUCAACACGGUGCGCGCUAUCAACUCAAGCCUGGGCACCCCUGUUGACCGCUACUUCCUCAUGGCCAAGAGUGCUGUCUGGGGUUGGAGCCGCCUGGUGGGUGCAGCGUACCAAGGCAUUUACAGCAGCAGCCUCCUGCGCCACAUCAAGGUCAUCUGGGAGGCAGUAAAGUUUGAGGUGGCUCUGAGGCUGGAGAUCCUAGCCAUGCGGCUCACUGCCCUCAUGCUGCGUGUUCUGGUCCGCCUGGGCUUUGCCCCCAAGGCUGAGGCUGAGGAGGUCUAUCAGUACCUGGAGAUGUAGUUCCCUGAGCCAGAAUGACUGCAAAGCUGCCAGGGCAAACAGUUUCCAUCCAGCACGGGCACACCGCACAAGCCCCAGUGUACUUCUCUACAACCGGGGCCUGCAAUGGGGAUACACUUAUGGGGCUCUUAAACACAAUGACCACACGCUCGUCUGAAA